GCUUCGUACUUUCCGUGGUGACCUCUAAGAAAGGAGAGGACCGCUUACAAGACGGUCUGAAACUGUUGUCAGCGCUUAUUUCGCAUCAUCUUUUGCAGUCCCUAUUUCUGCCAUCAUGGGUAGAUCCUUUGGGAAUCUCUACAAAGUCCAUGGACUCGUCUCCUACAGCUUGUCUCCAUAUGAACAAAAAGCGUUUGCCGGCGCCAUUUCCCAUGGGAUUCCAAAUAUGUUUAGACGCUUUCGUGGCCAAGUGUUCAGGGUUGUACCACCACUCAUCAUUGGCUACAUGGUCUAUGACUGGGGUAAGAAGGAAAAUGCCAGGUUAAGUCGGAAGAAUCCAGCUGACUUUGCCGAUGAAAAAUGAUGGAGGAUAUUUUAGGAAGAAAAUAUCAUAGGCUGCGCGUGUGAACUGUGACAAGCUACCACCAUGUGUCCAGACUUUUGUUAUUCUGUUGGUGAACAGAAACACUUCCACCAGCUUAGAUGUGUGCGCUGUAAUAGAUAUUUCAUGUAGUCAGUUUUGCAAUGGCCUAGGCAUGUAUUGUACAUAAAUAAACUUAAGGAACAGUU